AUGACCAAAAUGUUUUUGGCUGCUUUUGGAUCAAAACAAAAACUUUUUUCCAUCUUUUUGGUUUCAUUGAAAGUAACACUGCGAGUUUUCAUUACAUUAAAGAAUGAAGAGUUGGCUACAUUUGUGAAUCAGUACUACACAUCUGUUGAAAGUUAUGCAGGCCAACUCUUUCAGUUCAUCUCACAGCACCUCAAAGCUCGGUUAGCCAAUUGCUUAGCUUGCACAAAUGGCCAAUCUCCAGCCAAAGGAUCCAAGAGGUUUUUCAAAUUUCCAUUAGUUAAAGCAUUCCCAAGGAGAUCGAGCCUGGCACCGAGUGGACCACAAUCAUCACGGCUUAUAUCACAGCCAUCACAACAAUCAUUCUCACAGGGAAUAUCAUCUCAGCAUACCUUGUUUUCUCAGAUCUCACAAAGCUUACUCGAUGAAGUAGUGACAACUGAUCAGAGAUUUGGUUCUCAAGAACGAGAAAAUACUGCCAAGAUGUUUUCUAGCUUGCCACCAACCAACUUUACGAGGGAAGAUGGUCAAAUGCUGGUUUCUAGAUCUUCCACCAACUUAAUACGCAAAUGGAAUUCUGCUUCUGCUCCAGAGCAUAGAUGUCAAACUUCUGAAGAACUUGAGCAUCCACUUUCACUGAUUGAAACUUCACUAAACAGAAUGAUCUUGGAUACUGUUCAGAGUGAUGUAAUGCAAGUGAACAAAGGAACAAAAGAAGUGUUGCUGGAAAUGGAAGGGAUACAGCAGAAGUUGAUUGCUGAAGAUACCUCCUUACAGCUAAUGAACAAGGGACAAGAAGUUAUCAAAGCCAGCCUUGAUGGCAGCAUGAAAGAAAUAUCAGAUCAACUAAACAAGGAUAUUCAUCGAGACAAGUUACAACAGUUCUUCUUGGUGCUUUCUGCAUUACCAGAACAGACAGAAGCUUCUCUAAUCAAAUUACAAAAUGAGCUUUCCAACACCUUCACCAACGAAAUAAAGUUUCUUUCAGGCAAUUGCUUGCAAUUUGAAGACACUCAGCAAAAAAGGUCCAGUUGCUACUGCUAUUCUACCUAAGUCUACUGGCUGUUGUGCAACUCCACAAACCGAACUACAGGCAGGUAAAAAGCAAGCUGUGCCUCCAAAAGUUUAGCAACCCACUCUAGCUCCAAAGGUAGAAAAAGAAGGUUGGAAUCUGUAAAAAUGAAACAAUCUACCAUAAAUGAAAGGGCAUCCUGUAAAGCGAACAAGAGGAAAGGAGUUUCUUCUGUUGAACAGGUAGUUCUUAUUUGUUUUUGUUUUUCUCUUGCACUUGUCCCCUGGCUCCUAUUCUUCAUACGUUCUGAUGGAGUUAUGCUGGUCUAUUUGAGGAAAUUCUAAGGCAACUGAUUUGCAUGAUAUUACCAGUUGCACUGACUUACAUACCUUAAAUCCACUUGAUAGUUUGUUUUAGCUUAUAUGCUGCAUUGAGUUGUUUGUGCUUAAUUGAAAUGCCAGUCCACAGUACAGGAAAAGUACAGAAUCUUAAUUGAAUCGGAUGAAGAGAUCUAUGGAGGCUUUUCCUGCUUCUUUGAUGACAAGGAAACAGACACUAGAAAAUCUUCAGAUCUACUGAAAAGCUCAGAAAAUUUCAGAAAUUCAAGGUGGGCAGAAAUAAAAGAAACCCGAAGCAGAAAGGAAACAAAUGUUUUCUUUGCGAUAAACCAGGACACUUUGCAAAAAGCUGCCCAAAGUCAGACAGAAUGAACUUCUGUUUGGAUUGUGAAAAGGUUUGGAAGGUUUUUUCGAAGCCGAAAAUAACUUUCAAAUUUGAUACCUUCUUAAAUGUGGUAUACUAGAAAUCACAUCAAAACCAAUAACUAGUUCUUUAUGUAGAAGUGAUGAUCUUAAAAUUUUUUGGGUUAUCUGAUAACCUAAGAAUAUUUGAAAAUAACAAAGU